CAACGGCAAAUGACCGUUAGUUCAUUGGAAUGUCAAAUGGAAACCUUGACAUGAAAUUUGACUUGACAAAAUUUGUGAUAACAAAUAAAAAUGGCGGACGAACAAUUACCUGCCGGGUGGGAAAAACGUCUUAGUAGAUCAACCGGUCAACAUUAUUAUUUGAACAUAUAUACGAAAGAAUCUCAAUGGGAUGCUCCUGAUAAGCCAGCGGAACCAGUGUCCUCCAGUGGUCCAGAACAAGUCCAAUGUUCACAUUUGUUGGUCAAACAUAAAGAUUCUAGAAGACCCUCUUCAUGGAGGGAAGAGAACAUUACCCGCACAAAAGAUGAAGCUCUAGAUAUUGUUAAAUCAUAUAGAGAACAAAUUGCUCAAGGUAAGAAUUCAUUUGCUGAGCUAGCCUCAAAAUACUCAGACUGUUCCUCAGCCAAAAGGGGUGGUGAUUUGGGUCCGUUCGGUAAAGGAGCUAUGCAGAAACCUUUCGAAGAUGCUGCUUUUGCACUUAAGGUUGGAGAGCUCUCAGAGCCUGUGUUUACAGAUUCAGGAGUACAUAUUAUAUUGCGCACUGUCUAAUUUAUCAGUAGUCCAGGCUUGAAUUUUGAAACCAUUGUUGAACAAAGAUAUUGCUAGUAAGAAAUUUGUGUACAGAUUCAGUGUUGCUGCAAAACAGAAACUUCAACAAGAUCUAGUUUAUAUCAAAAAUUUUCUUGAUACAUUUAAACUUCUUCUAAAUGCUAAAAAAACUAAUUAUGUAGCCUUUUCUAUAAAUGAUACAAAUCGUCCAAACUUUGAAAACAUUAACAUACAAAACAUUGAAGAUCCUAUUGAACAAGUAAAUGUCAUAAAAUACUUAGGAGUAUAUUUAGAUAAAAAUCUUAAAUGGGAACACCACAUAACAUACCUAACAAAAAAGAUUAGGGCCCUUAUGCAUAAAUUUUAUCUGCUAAGGGAGUUUCUUGCAAAAAAACUGAUCACUAUGAUUUAUCAAUCCUUAAUUGAGCCUUUACUAAGGUAUGGAAUUUUGUUGUGGGGUGGAGCAUAUGAAAACAACAUAAGAAAUCUCAAAGUAGCUCAAAAUUCAAUUAUUAAAAUAAUGUUAAAAAAACCUAAACUUUUCUCUACAACCGAAUUAUAUAAUAAUAAAAUCUGUGACUUGAAAACACUCUAUAUUUCAACAUGUUGCACAUAUAUUCAUAAAAAUUUCUCCAAACAGACACUAAUAGAACAUAAUUAUCAAACUAGAGGUAACAUCAAAAGAAGCUUAGUUUUACCACAGUUAAGUCGAGGAAUAAGCCAACAUUCUGUGAUUUUUAGGGCACCCAAGUAUUAUAAUUUACUAUCAAACAAAAUAAAAGAAAUCAAAUCCAUAAAAAUGUUUAAUAAAAAGGUAGUUGAUUGUAUUAUUGGAAACAAAACACAAUUUGAAUUAUAAAUCCUGAAAAAAAUGUUCUUUUUUUGAUUUUGGAAUUCUUAAUACCUAUAAGUUGGAUUUUUUACAUAUUAUUAUAUUAUAUAGAUAUGCUGUUUACUUAGUUUUAAGUUUAAAUUCCAAAUAAUUUUGAUUUCUCGAAUGUGUUUUUUUUUGUUACGUUUGUUUAUAAGUAAUCUAUAUUUAUUUAGGAUUUUUCUAUAGACACACACAGAUGUUUUCACAUCUAGGUGUCUAUCUGUAUAUUAUAUUAUAUGUACUUAAAAAUGUAAAUUUUGGCUAAUAAAUUGAAUUGAAUUGAAUUGUUCUUAGGGUCUUUGGAAUGAAGAUAUAUUAAAUGAAAAGUUAUACAAUGUAGCAAAAUGCAAACGCAUGUGGCAGAAAUCUUAUUUUUAUCCUUCAUAAUGUCAUUGGGUCAACUAUGGAAAGAUUGAAGUGAAACUAGGGCACCUAGUCAUGUCUGAGGCUCUUUGCUGCAAAAUUUAAAGAUACUGUUACAGUCGUAACAAUGCUUUAUAAAAAAAAUGUAAAAUUUAACUACAGGUUUAUUGGUAUUAGAAAAAAAAGUGGAAAUCGAAACAUCAAAUAUAUUUUAAAGUAAAAUUGUGGCUUCUUCCCAAUAAAAAUAGUAAAUAUUAAUUGUGGAAAUAAUAGUGAUUAUUAUUAAGUCAAAACCUAUCGAAUUUGUACAUAAAUUACUUUGCUAUUACUAUUUUUACAAGCCUUUCAGAUAAGUAGUCCUAGAUAUAUUUAAUAUGGUUUCAAAUUGUUCAUUCAAGUUAGACGAAUUCAAUCAGAUCAAUAUACUUCCUCUUUUUCACCAAUAUAAGCCUAUUCAUUGUGUGAAUAUCAGAUUAAAUAGAAAAAUAUUUAUCUGUGAAUUCUAAUUUUUAAGUCUCUGACCUAAUUUGAGAGUAUGGAAAAUGAUUUUGUUAUUUUUUAUUGCAUUUAUUGACUUGCUACUGUAUAUUUGAUUUUGACUAGUAUUAAAUGUUCAAUUAUCUAUUAAUAAAACUUAUUAAAUGAUA